UGUCGGUUGUGUGUUUUGCUUCAGCCGAGGAUAGCUCCAAUUCUUCUGAGCAUUCACCACACUCGAGAAGGAAUUCUGUCAAUGAGAGCGUCUUGAAGGACGAGCAGUACUGGGAACGCCGGCGGAAAAACAAUGACGCAUCGAAACGUUCCCGAGAAAAGCGAAGAAUAGGAGACAUGGCAAUGGAACAACGUAUACUUGCGCUCUCACAGGAGAAUCAUUUACUAAAAUCUCGCUUGGAGUCCCGUACAGCCGCCGAAAGUCUGCUACAGACCGCUCGGUCGGACUUUCCCGCUCUUCCUCCACAGAGCAGCACGUCAUUGUUCACUCAUCAAUUGCCAACGUCGUCCGUAGGUUUGUCGUCACUAGCUGUUCCUCCACUGCCCACUCUUCAUACGACCACCGUCUCCAGUCUUCCAUUAUCACAUGUUCCGUUACUGUCGUCGACUUCUCAGCUACCAAUCAUGCAACUUUGCCAACUCCAGGCGGCUAUUCAUCAGCAGUACCGCUCCACCCCGUCGUCGUCAGUGUUUUCUGUUGGUUCAGCGUUCCAGCCUUUUCACGCUCACAAGGAGUCGGUAAUCAUGAAGGCCGAGCGCAUCAGUCCGGAUUCGAGCAGCGAUCGUGUCGAUCGCGUAAUUCAAAGAGUUCCUUCACCUCAACAACAACAAGAACGUGCUCCCUCUCAUUCACUACUAGGCGCUCUACUGGCCACCCGUCGGACGUCGCCAGCAGUGCCACAGAGCAGGACCGAACAUAACAGUCGCCUCGGCAGUCCUCCUAGGCUUUCUCCGUCGAAAAUCCGACUGCGAGUCAAUUUCGUCGUCAGCUUCUCUGUCGCCCUCACAAUCAAGCGAGGACCAUCCAGAGUCGUCGGCGAUCAGACGCGCUCUCGACGACAACAGUUCCGAUGA